AUGCCGCCUGCGAGAGCAGCUAGGAUGACCGCCGCCGACAUUGAACGAAUGGUAGCCGAGGGUGUGGGAGCUGCACUUGCCGCCCAACAGGCUAACCAGAAAAACAAUGGUAACCCCGGGAAUGGUCUUGGAAUGGAGCAAGGAAAUGCACGGAGGGGAUGCACUUAUCGGGAAUUUCAGCAGUGCAAACCCUUAAGUUUCAGUGGUACUGAAGGAGCCAUUGGACUAAUUCGCUGGCACGAGAAAAUGGAAACAGUGUUUCGUGUAAGUGAUUGUGUCGCUGAUUGCCAAGUUAAGUAUGCCACUUGCACACUGCAAGAUGGUGCAUUGACAUGGUGGAAUGCAUACGCCCAACAAGUAGGAAUUGAUGCUGCUUAUGCCUUCACAUGGGAGAAAUUAAAGGAGAAAAUGAGGGAUGAGUAUUGUCCAAGGAAUGAAAUUCAAAAGCUAGAAAUGGAAUUCUGGCACUUGAAAACCAAAGGUCUCGAAGUAACUGAGUACACUACCUGA